AUGUUAUCGCGUGUAUCUCUCUUUGCCUGUAUAGGCAUAUAUCUUUUUGCUGCUAGUCCUGCUGCACCCCGCCUACCAGCAGCAGCAGCAGCAGCAGCAGCAGGAGGAGGUGGGGAUUUUUUGGAUAUAUUUAAGGAAAUAAGUAUAGGGGGAGAAUUAAUAGAAGAAAUAGCUGAUUCUUUUGCUGCAGCAGCAGCAGAUAUUCCUUCCCCCUUAGUAAUAAAAGAUGCAUUAUUAUCCUUAUUAGGUAUAGAUUUCUUAGAUAAGAUGCAGCAGUAUAUGCUGCUGCAGCAGCAGCAGCAGCAACUACAGCAGCAACAGCAAGAUAUAGAUCCACAACAACAGCAACAUAUAAUUAUGCAAAUACAGCAACUGCAGCAACAGCAGCAAGAAGAAGAAUUAGCUAAACUUUUCUUCCUUUCUCCUUUCUCUGUAUCUAUAGAAGAAUUUAAAUCUAUUCCUUCCUUAGCUGCUGCAUUCUUUGAUCCAUCUCCUGCUGCUGCUGCUGCUGCUGCUGCUAUUAAGGCCCGUAGCACCAACAGCAGCAGCAGCAGCAACAGCAACAGCAGCAGCAGCAGCAACAGCAACAGCAGCAGCAGCAGCAGCAGCAGCAGCAGCACGCCUAGACUAAGGGGUGUACUUAGUGCAGCAGAGAUAGAGGCACUAGCAGAGGCAGUAGCAGAGGGAGUAGCAAAUAGUACAACAAGGACAUUAAAUCCAUUAGCUGCUGCUGCUGCUGCUGCUGCUGCUGCAGCAAAAAAAAGUGGACUAGAUACUGCUGCAUCUCCUGCUGCUGCUGCUGCUGCUGUUGCACAACUUGUUGAUCCACUCAAUCUAUUGCAACUUAAACAGCAACUUACACAACAACAGCAGCAGCAGCAGCAGCAGCAGCAGCAACAGCAGCAACUGCAGCAACUGCAGCAGCAAAGACCAGAAAGGGAAAUAGAGCAAGACAAAGAACUGCAGCAGCAACAGCAGCAACAACAGCAGCAGCAGCAACAGGGAGAUAAUGAUGAAUCUCCUUUCUCCCAACGUCUACAGCAACAGCAACAGCAACAGCAGCAACAGCAGCAGCAACAGCAGCAGCAGCAGCAGCAGCAGCAGCAAUCCUUAGAUGAUGAAUAUAAAUCAUCAACUCGUGCUUCUUCUUACCAACCCCACCCAUCACCACCAUCCCCAUCAUCAUCAGCAGCAGCAGGACAUUCAUCAGCAGCAGGAGGAGGAGCAGCAGGAGGAGAAGAAGAAGAAGAAGAAUUAUUUCCUUAUAGAUUUAGUCGUACCUCCCCUCUUG